UUUAAAAUCAUUUGUUUCGUAAAAUUAAAAUUGUUAUCUAUUUUUACUAAGAUAAAACUAACCCCUAUGUAGCUAAAUAUACCAUCAAAAUUUCAUGUUCACUACUCUUUCCCGAAUUAAAAUUACAGUCAACCAGUUUGCACAUUUGGUGAAUAGGUUAUCCGGUAAGGAUUGGAUUAUUUCAAAAUGGCAACUGCUCAAAAAUUUAGAAUGGUUCAAAAGCAACUAAGAAUAAAACCUUGGACUCUAGCAAAAAAUGCUUCGAAAUUAGUUGGUAAAUGCGUGAAUAAAAUUUGCAAAAAGGAUGCUUCAUCCGGCCCAAAAGCUAAUACUGCAUCUCCAUCCAAAGUUAACAUUUCUAAAGAUGAUGCUGCAGCCGCUCCCAGACAAGAAAAUAAGGGACCAUUGCGUAUGUUAAAAUCUUUAGGAAAAUUGCGUCAAAAUAAAAAUGCAGCCGUUGAUCGUGCUAAGCAAAAAUCACAGUACGAUGAAGUCCUGAUGGCAAAACCAAAAAAUUUAAAUCCAAAAGAUGAUGAUGGCGCUAAACCGCAUCCAGUUCACAGCAAAGUCAAUUUUGCAAGAAAUGCACGUGAAGGGAUUCAGCGGAAAUUCUCAACGUCACCAAAUAAUCGAAUGAAGUAUAAGAAUACUUAUAGUUCGCCCGUUGAAUCAAGCGCUGGCGUUUUUCGUCACGACUCCAUAUACUAUGCGAAUAGCGUUGAAAAUAACAAAGUACUUGCUCGUAAUCAGGAUGCUGAAUUACCACGUAAAAAGAAUAACAACAGCUUGAACAACUAUACCACAACACGCAAUCAGCACAUGACAGUUGUCAAAAAUCGUCAGCAGGGGACUUCAGAGGCACUUACGGGAUUUAGCAAAAGUUUUAAGAAUGAUCUUAUGGAGAUCGACAGUAUUAUUAAACAACGUAUUGCAAUUGGCAAGAAGAAAAACGAUGAGUCUGAGCGUCCUAAAGACCCAAUGCACAAAUGGCUUCAUCCUCCAGCUGAUCAAUUACUAAGUUGCAGGAACGAACGUAAUAUUCUUAAUUUUGAGGUCAUUGAGCAGCAACGUCGAUUACAAGAAAUAGAGAUGGAACGGCAGACAAAACUCUUGCAGAAGUUGGAUUCUCAUUCAUCAAAUGUUUCUGUUCUGUCGAAAUCAAUUAAGGGCCAUUCCGAUCCUUUCUCAGUAUGUAACAAAUUUAGAUCAAGUAAAGUAAAUGUGAAUAAGUCAACUACCCAGAAGAAGACUAAACCUGAAACCAAUGCGGAAAACCCUAAAUCUGAUAAAGCACUAAAAAUGUUAAAUAAGACAUCUGCUGUUGCUGCUGCAGUAUCCUCAAAUCCCAAACCAAUCCGUGGUAGCCAUGAAGGACGAUUCAAUCAUAUUGCUCACUUAAAUCGACCAUUUAAGUUUAUCCACACUUCCUCAAAACAUAAUUCGUAAAUUUACCGGAAAGCUAAAACAUCAUAUAUUGUUAUUUUAAAAAGGGAAAACGAUUAUAAAAGUGUAACUAAAAAUUUUUGGUUUAUUAAUUCUUAUAUCAGUUAAAUUUUUGGUAAGACCGGGUUUGCAGUCAGAAUAGUUAAAUGAUGUAUAAAUUAAUAAGUAAAAAUUUUAUUCACAUAUAUAUGCUAAUAAAAAUGUAGCAAAUAACACCAAAAAA